AUGAAUGAUAAAGGGUAUGAUGAAACUAUCCCACUGGCUUAUUUAAACAACGAAAAUCCAUAUGCAUACUGCACGGAUUACCACAGGAACUCAAUAAACAUGCAAGAGAAGAAGGUAAGACUUACAGCUUUGCAAAGGAUGCAGCCCACUAAAGUUAGCUUCAGAAUGCCCUUGAAGCACGUAGAAAGAGAGAAAGAAUACAUCAUAGACUACAUGGUGAACAUGGAGAAAAAAACACUUAUUAAGAGAGGGAUGGCCGUCCUUGGUGUUGAAUAUCACGAUGCACCAGAGGUGCUCUUUGAGAAGAAUCUGCAAAAUGAAGAAAUACUGGAAAUAGCUUUAAAAAUUAAAAAAUUAAAUUUGUAUUAUCAACAAAAAAGACUGAGAUUUAAAGUGGCAGCAGCGAUUUCAGGCAAAAUAUCAACUGGCAUUGAAUUUAAUAUCUCGCUUAGGGAUGUUUUAGAACUUGAUAAUCUUAAAGAUGCACUGGUGUACUGUAAACUAGAAGACUUAUAUAACGAAAGCUCUUAA